AGCUGCGAUGUUUUUAUUCCAGGCCGAGCGACCGUUUGGGCUCUCUCCCCCCCCGCCUCCGUCCCGCCCCAUGAAGACCUCGUUGGAGCUGGCCGUCAGCGGCAUCCAGGCCCUCCAGCUCCGUCGGAAGGGCCGGGGCAGCUACAGGGUGAAGUCCAGAGCGUCCUACGUGGACGAGACCCUGUUCGGCCGCCCCGCCGGGAGCCGGCCGCCGCCGCCCGAGUUUGACCCACCGUGGGCGGAGGAGGCCCGGACCGGGCAGGGUGGAGGGCGGGCGCCGGUGGUGGACGGGAGCGGCUGGAAGUUGGAAGCCACCCCGUCCCGUGGCAGUAGCCCUUCCUGCACCCCCAGGAAAAAGAACAAAUACAGGCUCAUCGCUCACACUCCGUCCUACUGCGACGAGACCCUCUUUGGACGCCGUCCGGAGGGCCCCGGCUGGGAGGCGCCGUGGAUGACCAAAGGGGAGGCCGCAAAGCUUCGCCCCCUCCUCUGGACCCCUCCCUCUGCCCCGCAGGGCAGCCCCGCACCCCACCCCAAGGAGACCCCCGUGCGGGCCGUCCACCCCGUGGAGACCCCCGGGGCUGGCCGGGCUGGGAAGGCCAAGAGCGGGGAGCGUCCAGGCGGUGGGCCCGCCUGCCCUAGCCCCUCGAGGCGGGGUCUAGCCCACUCCCCGACCCGUCUGAACACCCCCGCCCACCCCCCAAGCCCACGUGGGCAGCAAGAUCCCCAUGCCCGGCCUGCCGCCGUGACCUUCCGGAGCCCGCUGGUGACCCCCAGGUUACGCUCGGUCUGCAACUCGGAAUUCACUACCUCCCGGCACCCCCCCAAUCCCAAGCCCCCCUGGAAGUGAGCCAUCCCAACCCCUCCUUGGGCCCUGGAGAUGGCACGGAGCAGGUGGGGAGUGGGGGGGCUGAGCGUCUCCCACGCUCCGGAGGAGCUACCUAUGCGGCCCCGAGUUCCAGCCGGUGUCCGAUUGCUCCACUUGGGAUUCCCCGAGCAUCCUAGAAUUGGAAGCGGGAAAGGGGUAUGGAAGGGAGUGGGGUGCUAGCUGAGAAGCAGCGUGGCCCAGUGGAAAGAGCCCGGGCUUUGAAGU